UGGUUUCAUAAUAUUAUUUGUUUCUUUUAGAUAUAAAAAAUGAUUGGAAAGUUCUUUUAUGUCAGCAUUCUUUACUGUUUACUCUAUCUGGUAAUUAUUCAAUGCCAACAAGAUGCAUUCGAGGUACCAGAUAUAAAAAAUGAUACAUGCUCUGUAGUUGAUCAACAGAAUUGUAAAAAUGCUAAUGCAUAUUGUAAACUGAAUUCAGAAGAGAAACCUAUGUGUCAUUGUCUUCAUGAUUAUAAGCUACUCAAAAAGGGAAAAAAAAAGAAGUGUGUCAAAGUGGUUCCUACCACCAAAAAACCAACAACACCAACAACAACAACAACAACAACUACUACUACAGUUUCUUUUACAACAAAAACACCAACUACUGCAGAUAGUGAAAGUGGAAGUGGAGAUGGAAAUGAAAGUAAUGCAGCUGAAGUUACUGCAACAACUGUUACUACCAACAACAAACCAAAUGCAACAACAACAACAACUGCACCAACAACAACUACAGCACCACCUCCAACAACAAGUACAAUUUCUUCCACAAAGGAACCAUCAACUGCAUCUACUACAGAUGACACACAAAGUGGUGGAAGUGAAAGUGGAGAUGGUGAAGUUUCUUCCAACAAGAAACCAUUGACAGCACCUACUGCAGAUGAUACACAAAGUGGUGGAAGUAAAAGUGGAGAUGAUGAAGGGAAAUCGACGAAGACAGUAAGGCCAGAAGCUUCGUCAAAGUUUCCUUUUCUGUUUAUGAUAUCUGUGGUGGCCAUUGUGGGAGCUUACUUUCUUUACCACAACAAAGCUAAGAUUAUGGGUUUAGUAGUUGAAGGGAGGAACGCUGGAAAUCGAAGAAAUUCUCCAGGAUACCAAAAGUUACGGAAUUUAGAAGAAGCUAUGCCUGGAAUGCAAAAACACGUUGCUUGAUGUUAAAAAUAUUGCAUGAAGAAAUUAAAGUUUAUUCAAAUAAAGUCGAUGUGGGAUGUGGAAAUAAAGAACGCGUUUCUUUUCAGUGCAUUUUUGCGUCGCAAUUAUUCUUCCGGCGGUAGAUACCCACAUUUAAAGAGAAACAAACAAUACGAACAAAUUUUUUAAAGUAUAUUAAAUUUGUAACAGCAAUGCAAUUUUUGCAAGACCUUAGCAAAACAAACCCUUGUCAGCGUUUACUUUAAAUGGCCUGUUCUGCAAAUGAUGAUUGACUAAAUCCGAAGAAUAUAAAAGUUCUACCCACUUGUUUUCCAGUACGCGCACGUUCGAGUAUUACUAGGUUUCGCUGUGGGCACGUUUUAUGACAUUUGAAAUUAUUAUUAUGUAAAAAUGUUUUGUAUUAUCCUUAAUUUUGUGUAUAAUGUUGUUUGGCUACAUUUUUUGAUUUUACA